AUGAAACGUGUCGAAUACGUCCGUGACAAGUUGAUAGAGUACCGGUCAGUAGUGCUAGAUGUGAUAACUGCGGCUUGUCACACGGCGCUCUACCGGCAGGGCUUCACCCACGACGACAGGAACAUACCGCCCUUCCAAAUGAUACGAGGCAAACCCACUGGCGGCAUGUCGUAUACAGAAAAAGCGAAUAAGAGGAAAUAUUGCGAAAGGCUUGCCUGUUUUAUUAAGCUAGUAGACUACAUGACGAUCUACAUGCUCCACCGGUUAACGAAACGAUCCAAUAUGAUAAUGGCGGACAUGUUACGAGUACAUUUGCAAUUCACGCCGUCGCCGGAGCUUCUCUCGGGGAGCGCGGUUGACGAGGUGCUAGAAGUGGUGCCCAGGCAGACGGACAUAUGCAAGUGGGCACUUUUUCAAGUCGAUGCGUAUAUCCUGCCGUCGGGGCAAGUUGAGCUCAAUCCCAGCGAAAAAAUUAUUUCUACGUACAUGCAGAAAAUAACAAAUUAUUGGGAAGAAUACGUCAGGACAUUCCACAAUUUCCUGAACGAGGAAACUCUACAGAUUUUCGUCCAACCCACAGUAAUGGGCAAGCAGAUGGAGUGGUCGGCGGGACAGUCCCCCAAUCUAUAUUUCCUCAUGAACCAGGACAAAGCUAUGAUGAGAGAUAUCACUUUUAUACCACAAUGUAUGCAACAGGCCUUCGAAUAUGUUUGGAUGUUCUUACAACGAAUGAACACUUUCAUGGGGAACUUUAAGGAAGCACAUGAAAUUGAUGUCAAUAUUAUUAAGAAUGAAAGGGACGUGAAUGAAUUUCGCAAGCUUUGUACAGAGUUGGUAAAACAAAUGGACGAAAUAGAAGAAGUUGUUAGUUUCCAGCCGUUGGGUCUUAUAUUUCUAAAUUUAAGUCCUUUCCAAGAGCUAUUUAGACCGCAGCCUAGGAGAUUGUUUGACGUUGUCAAUAACACUACCCCUGAUAUCGGGCACGAUUGCAUUGAGGAUAUACUAGCGGGGAUCAAAUCGAUUAAUAACGAUAUUAACAAAGAUCCCGAGAGUGCAGGUGAACUGGUCGCAUUUAAUUACUUACUGGAUGGGUUAGAGAGCAGAGUGGCGUAUCUUGAGGAAAGGCUUGAGUAUUUGAGAGAGCUGUACGACUUGAUGGGCGAAUUCAAUAUCCCUAUACCGCCUGAAGAUAUGAAUGAGUUUUUAGGUCUCAGUGUCGUACUUGGAACGCUACGUACCAAUGUUGACGCUAGACUCGAAACACGAAGCAAACUGGCUGGUCUAUUUGCAAGUCAAGUUGGAAAAGAUAUCAUGGAACUUAUUCUAGAUAUUAAUAAGAUUAGAGAUGAAAUAGCGCAAACAUGGCUUUAUGAUGAAAAAUCAGACAUGGAAAAAGUGAUGGAAACUCUUAACGAGCUAAUGGAGCAACUGAUGAGCUUCUCUGCUAGAGAUAAACAGAUAAGAGAAUGGCAGAAGAUAUUUAAGAUCCCGCCGGCAAGACUCGAGACUCUAGAAGAAGCUAUAACCGACGUUAAAUUAAGGCAACUUUUAUGGAAAUCAUCUAAAGAAUGGAAUGACUCUUAUCAAACUUGGCAAGUAACUUUAUUUAAACUUAAAGUGUAUGAAGUGCCCUUUAACACAUUGGAUAUGGAUGAGAUUCAAUCAACAACGAUUAACUUUGGGAAAGUGUUUAACCAGCUCGAUAAAGGAUUGCCGCCCAAUAAGAUAGUGCCCGGAUGCAAGGAAACCAUCGAUAUAAUUAAAGAGAAGUUGCCGGUAAUGUCCUAUCUCCGGAACCCAGCUUUGAAACCUCGACACUGGUUGAAGAUAGAAGAAAUACUGCACACUCGCUUCACACCCGACAUGGUAGUAACUCUGAAAGUUCUAGAAGAUUUGCAAGCCUUCCAACACGCCGAGGAGCUGAUGGAAGUUGCUGGACAAGCCAGCUCUGAAGCCGGCCUAGAGGCAUUGCUCAAAAAGGUGGAAGAAAUAUGGACCACUUUAGAAUUUCCAGUAAUAUUGCACAAGGACGCACGUGACGUGUACGUAUUGGGUGGUCUCGACGAGAUACAAGCGGCAGUGGACGAGAGCAACAUACACAUCAGUACGAUACUCAGCUCGAGGAACUGUGGCCCUAUAAAGAGCAGAGUUGAGGAGUGGGCUAAGAACUUGGAGUUGUUUGCGAGGACAUUGGAGGAAUGGUAUUUGUGUCAACAAACGUGGAUUUACCUAGAAGUAAUCUUCUCAGCGCCAGAUAUACAACGACAGCUACCAAACGAGACUAGACUCUUCACGAUUGUCGAUAAAUCUUGGAAGGACAUCAUGCGUAAACUGGCUAAGGUGCCUUUAGCGAUGCCAGCCGCAACACAACCAAAGCUAUAUGAAGAAUUUGUGCGAAAUAACGAAAUGCUGGAUCAAAUAAUGAAAUGCUUAGAAGCGUAUUUAGAAACUAAACGUGUCGCUUUCCCGCGUUUCUUCUUCCUAUCAAACGAUGAACUGCUGGAAAUAUUGGCACAGACACGUAACCCGCAUGCAGUACAACCUCAUUUACGAAAAUGUUUCGACGCGAUCGCAAAACUCGAAUUUGGAGUUCGUUUGCCGGAAAGUGAAAUGGAAAUAACCGAAGAUGGCACAUUGGUGGAACGUGAGAUGUCCUUCAACACAAGAUAUGCUUUACAAGCGAAGUUAGCCAAAACCGCCAAACCUGAAGACUUUACCACUGAUAUAAUAGCCAUGUUGUCUCCUGAAGGCGAAAGAGUUAAUUUGGGCAAGGGUCUAAAAGCGCGAGGUAAUGUAGAGGAUUGGUUGGGCAAGGUGGAAGAGGCCAUGUUCGCAUCAGUAAAGCGUUGUAUGAAAUAUGCUCUACGCGAUUAUAUGCAACGAGAACGUGUGGUCUGGGUCACUUUGCAUCCUAAUCAGAUUGUACUAACUGUGUCACAAAUGAUGUGGGCAAAAGGAGUUCAUGAAAUUUUUGCGUUAGAUUUGCCUCUGCGGAUCGACACUGGUCUCUUAAAUUAUGAGAAGAAAUGUAUAUCUGAUCUUAAUGACCUCGCUGCUCUCACCAGAAAAGACCUUUCGUCAUUAUUCAGAAAAGUUUUAUGUGCCCUUAUUACUGUAGAUGUUCAUGCGAGGGAUACGAUCACGCAUAUGGUCGAAAAACAUGUGCAAAAGGCGGAAGAUUUCGAAUGGCUGAAAAUGAUUCGUUAUUACUGGGAAGAAGAUAUAGAUAACUGUGUCGCGAGGAUGUCUAGCGCUAUGUAUAUAUAUGGGCAUGAAUACCUCGGAGCUGGCGGUGUAUUGGUAAUAACGCCUCUGACAGAUCGCUGUUACCUAUGUCUCAUGGGGGCCUUACAGUUGGACCUGGGCGGCGCGCCCGCGGGCCCCGCUGGUACAGGCAAGACUGAGACAACUAAAGACCUGGCCAAAGCUUUGGCUAUACAAUGUGUGGUGUUUAACUGCUCUGAAGGUUUGGACUACAAGAUGAUGGGUAGAUUUUUCUCGGGCUUAGCGACGUCUGGUGCUUGGUGCUGUUUCGAUGAGUUUAAUCGUAUCGAUAUCGAGGUGCUGUCUGUGAUAGCUCAACAGCUUAUCACUAUUAGAAAUGCAAAAGUUGCCAAAUUGUCUCGAUUCAUAUUCGAGGGUCGGGAGAUCAAGUUGGUGCGAACAUGUGCAGCGUUCAUCACUAUGAACCCUGGCUACGCGGGCCGGACUGAACUACCGGACAAUUUGAAGGCGUUAUUUCGGCCUAUUUCCAUGAUGGUCCCUGAUUACGCACUGAUUGCGGAAGUUAUUCUAUAUUCCGAGGGUUUCGAAUCUUCAAAGGGGCUGGCUAAGAAAAUGGUACAAAUGUACAAGCUUUCGAGUGAACAACUUUCCAAGCAGGACCACUAUGACUUCGGCAUGAGAGCUGUUAAGAGUGUACUUGUAAUGGCUGGUGCGCUAAAACGUGCGAGUCCGGACCAACACGAAGAGAAAACAUUAUUAUGUGCCCUAAACGAUAGCAAUUUGCCCAAAUUUUUGGCAGCUGAUGCCAUUUUAUUUGCCGGUAUCCUAUCGGAUUUAUUCCCAGGAGUUGAUCUUCCAGAACGUGAUUAUGGUGCUAUGGAAGAUGUAAUCAGAGAAAUAUUAUUAGGAAGAAAACUACAAGUAAUGGACUGUCAGAUUCGUAAAGUAAUUCAACUACACGAAACAAUGAUAGUCCGAUGGGGGGUGAUGCUAGUGGGCCCGACGGGUGGCGGGAAAACCGUCGUCUUACAUGUUUUAGGUGACACGUAUACAAAACUAUGUGAGAAUGGCGUUGAAAGUCCACAAUAUCAAAUUGUUCAUAAAUAUAUAAUGAAUCCAAAAAGUCUCAGCAUCGGGGAGCUGUACGGUGAAGUGAAUCUGCAAACUCUUGAAUGGCAUGACGGCAUACUUCCACUGUCACUGAGAACUGCAGUGCAGGCGGAAAAUCAGGACCACCAAUGGCUGAUAUGCGAUGGUCCCGUAGACGCGGUGUGGAUAGAGAACAUGAACACUGUGCUCGAUGACAACAAGAUGCUCUGUCUCUCUAACUCAGAACGCAUCAAGUUGACUCCAUAUGUACAUAUGGUGUUUGAGGUCGGUGACUUAUCACAAGCUUCCCCGGCUACAGUGUCGCGUUGUGGCAUGGUCUACAUAGACCCCAAUGAAUUGGGCUACCUACCAUAUGUUCGAUCCUGGCUAGAUGAGGGAAUCGAGAAAAAUCUAUUUAAUCAGGAAAAUAGUGAAUUUUUGUAUGAGCUAUUCAAAAUGCUGGAAGUGGGUAUCACUCAUGUCAAUCUAAAAUGCAGUGUUGGCAUAAAACAGGUGGAUAUAAGUAAAGUCGUAGCGUUGUGCUGUCUGUUGGGCGCGUUACUCUCAGAGCCUGGUGACAGAUUUACGGAGAAGUCAGCUGUUAAAGUAUACAUUGCGCAUUGCUUCAUUUUCUGCUACGUAUGGUGCAUUGGCGGGAAUAUAUUAGAGGCCAAUCGGAAGACCUUCGAGGAAAUCAUUAAAAGACAGUUUGAGGCAUUUGAGGAAGCCGAAUACUUCCCUCAGGGGUUUAACUUUUUUGAUAUGUUUAUGGACACAAAACAACGCAAGUUGAAAGUAUGGGCAGAUAUAAUACCGGAAUUCGUAUACGAUUGCAAUCGUCCCUUCUUCGAGACACUCGUGCCGACAAUAGAUACUGUACGCUAUGGAUAUUUGUUCGAGAAACUUCUAUCUGUUGGAAAACCAGUUAUGUUCACAGGAAGUACAGGAGUUGGAAAGACAUGUAUAGCUGGUGAAAUUUUAAAGAAAAUGUCAACAACUGGUACCUUCAUUCCAAUGAUAUUAAAUUUCUCGGCACAAACCAGUAGUCCGCGUACACAGGAAGUUAUAGAAUUGCGCUUGGAGAAACGACCCAGAAAAGCUAUAGGGGCACCAUUGGGCAAGAAAGUGAUCAUAUUUAUUGAUGACGUUAAUAUGCCGCGGCUUGAUGUCUAUGGCGCUCAACCUACCAUUGAAUUACUUAGGCAAUUCCUAGACUUCGGUGGCGUAUAUGACCGUGACAAGCUUUACUGGAAGGAAAUAUUGGACGUGGUAUUGUCAUGCGCGUGCGCACCUCCGGGUGGCGGUCGUAAUCCUCUAACUACGCGGUUUGUACGUCACUUUGCUAUGUUCUACAUAUCUGCCCCUAACGCUGAUGCCAUGAAAACUAUAUUUAAGGCUAUAUUAUCUGGGCACAUGGAGGAUUUCGUUACAGAAGUGUCCGUACUAGGUGAUUCAAUAGUGAAUGCGGCGGUGGAAGUGUAUUUAAAGAUAUGUUCGGAACUUUUGCCCACUCCGGCUAAAUCACAUUACGUGUUCAAUUUGAGGGACUUGUCCAAGUCGAUGCAGGGAGUGUUGCAAGCUAACGCUGCUUAUAUGCGGCUGCCACAGGCUAUGCUCCGAUUAUUUUACCACGAAUGUCUCCGUGUAUUCCAUGACCGUCUUAUCAAUAUCGAAGAUAAAAGUUACUUUUACCAUCUCAUGAGUGCCGUCUGUCAGAAAAACUUUCAGCAAUCAAUAUUACAAAUACCAGAAGAUGCAAUUAUUGAACAACCACCUCUCUUACUCUUUGGAGAUUUCCUCAAUUCUGCUGUACCUAAAGAAAAUAGGAUAUAUCAAGAAAUUCCUGACAUUGAGAAAUUAAUGAUAGUCUUAAAGGAAUAUUUAGAAGAGUACAACUCGACGGCGCGCGCGGAAAUGAACCUAGUACUGUUCAGGGACGCGGUGGAGCAUGUAGCGCGCGUGGCGCGGGUGCUGCGCGCUGAGCGCGGGCACUGCCUCCUGGUGGGGCCCGGCGGCUCGGGGCGGCGCUCCGUGGCGACUCUCGCUGGACACGUCAAUGAGUGCAAAUGCAUGGGUAUGGAGUUAAAACGCAACUACGAUACGCCAGAGUUCCACGACGACUUGCGCAGCAUGUACGUGCGCGCCGGCGUCGCGUACGAGGACACAGUGUUCCUGUUCACAGACACGCAAAUAACUAAGGAGGAGUUCCUUGAAGACAUCAAUAAUAUGCUUAAUUCAGGUGAGGUUCCCAACUUAUUCGAAGGCGACAGCUACGAGCAAGUGCAAACAGGUUGCCGCAACGAUGCAGGCAAGGCUGGGAUAAACCCAGCCGACCGGGACGCCGUAUAUUACUACUUUAUAAAUCGAGUCCGUAGUAAAUUACAUCUUUGUAUCUGCAUGAGUCCCGUUGGAGAAGCUUUCAGACGUCGUUGCCGGAUGUUCCCGUCCUUAGUUAAUUGCUGCACGAUAGAUUGGUUUACAAAAUGGCCGCCGGAAGCGUUGCGAUCCGUCGCCCAGCAAUGUCUACAACCGCUUGCUGAUGAAUAUAUCAUAAAUAAGAUAUCGACUCUUGCUGUCUCCAUGCAUCAGGAUGUAGAUGUGAUGACAGAGCGACUGUAUGAAGAAAUGCGACGCCACUUCUAUACAACGCCCAGUAGCUACCUUGAUUUGCUCAAACUAUAUCUCUCGUUGCUAGAUAAAAAACAACAGGACAUCAUACGUGGAAGAGAUCGAAUCUCUUGUGGACUACAGAAAUUAUAUGAAACGUAUGAAGUCGUCGGCGUAAUGGAACAACAAGUUCGUGAUAUGGAGCCCAUUCUUGCAAAAAAGGCAGAAGAAAGUAUGGCAUUAGUGGCACGUUUAAAAGUGGAACAGAAAGCUGCAGAUGAAGUAAAGCAAGCAGUCAUGAAAGAUGAAGCAGAAGCUAAGGUCAAAGCAGAAGAAGUGAAGCAAAUAGCCGAUGAAGCAAAAGCCGACCUUGCUCUAGCGAUGCCGGCUAUGGAAGCCGCACAAAAUGCACUGAAAGCUCUAAACAAAGCUGAUAUCAAUGAACUGAAAGCUUUCCAAAAACCACCGCCUUUGGUACGCUUCGUUAUGGAACCUGUCUGCAUAUUGCUUGGGGCUAAACCAGAUUGGGACUCGACUAAAAAGUUAUUAGCUGAUGUGAACUUCAUACGAAAUCUGGAAGAGUAUGACAAAGAUCAUAUUCCGGACGCUACGCUCAAAAAGAUCAAAGUAUAUCUAACGCACAAGGACUUUAACCCGGACACUGUAGUUAAAGUUUCAAAGGUGUGUCGUUCGAUGGUAUUAUGGGUGCAAGCUAUUGAUAUGUAUGCUAAAGUCUUCAGAGUUGUUGAACCUAAAAUUCUCAAGCAUAAAGAAGCCGCGGCAAUUCUGAAGAGCGUGAUGGCAGUUUUACGUGCUAAACAAAAGGAGGUUGAGGCCAUCGAAGCACAGUUAGCUAAAAUGAUGGGUGAACUGAAGGUGGUAGAAGAAGAGCGUAUCAAGCUACAAGCCGACGUAGACUUAGCGGCCGCACGACUCACGCGUGCUGGCAAACUAACACAGGCCCUUGCUGAUGAGAAAACACGAUGGGAAGAGGGGGUCAAGGCAGCUACAUUUAAACUAAAAUGUACUACUGGAGAUAUAAUGAUAGCUUCAGGCUGCAUCGCCUAUUUCGGCGCGUUUCCCUCCCACUACCGACGUGAACUCGAGUACAAAUGGGUAGAGCAAUGUCACGAGCUAGAAAUACCUUCGUCGGAUUCAUUCGACUUAAUAACCAUAAUGGCAGAUUCAUAUACAGUUCGCACUUGGAACGCGCAGGGCUUGCCCCGCGAUGCCGUGUCCACUGAGAACGGUAUCCUGGUGACGCGCGCGGGCAGGUGGCCUCUGACCAUUGAUCCGCAAGAACAGGCAAACAGGUGGAUUAAGAAUAUGGAGCAAAACAACGGCCUACAGAUAACAAAGCUAAGCGAUCCAGCUUAUUUGCGUAUACUGGAGAACUGCAUUAGAUUAGGCUGGCCUAUGCUCAUCGAGGACUUGGGCGAAUCUCUAGAAGCCACCCUCUCACCAGUUCUUCUAAAACAAACGUUCUUUCAGGCUGGUCGUCUCCUAAUUCACUUGGGUGACAGUGACAUCGAGUACGACACAAACUUCCGUCUUUACCUCACUACGAAGAUUGCCAAUCCGCAUUACUUGCCUGAAAUAUGUAUACAAGUGACUUUAGUGAAUUUCACAGUCACACUGUCUGGACUCGAAGAUCAGUUGUUAGCAGACGUGGUGCGGUUAGAGCGACCAGACUUAGAGUUACAAAGGUCUGAGCUCAUCGUACGAAUCAAUACCGAUAAAGCUACUCUUUUAGAAAUUGAAGAUAAAAUAUUACGCCUCCUGUAUGCGUCCUCAGGAAACAUUUUAGACGAUGAAGAACUCAUUGAAACUCUGAACGAAAGCAAGGAAACAUCAGAAAUAAUAAAUGCUCGACUGGAGGAAACGGAGGCAACGGAAAUAAGGAUAUCGGCGGCGCGAGAGAAGUACCGUACAGUAGCGACGCGUGGUGCGGUGCUUUACUUCGCAGUAGCACAGCUUGCCGACAUCGACCCUAUGUACCAGUUCUCACUCAAAUACUUUAAUCAGGUUUUCAACGCAGUAAUUGAGAAGAGUGAGAAAUGCGAUAUAUUAGAGGAAAGGCUAGAAAUCCUUCACGGCGAGAUCACUCUGUCAGUAUACCGCAACGUCUCUCGCGGGCUAUUCGAGCAACACAAACUGGUAUUCAGUUUCCUUCUCAACAUGGCGAUAUAUUUACACGCUGGUAUAGUAUCUCAACAACAGUGGAACUUCGUACUGCGUGGCCCGGCUGGGACUAAAGUUGUACCGCCAAAGAAGCCCGCACUAGAUGCUCUCACUGAACAGAUGUGGCUCGCAAUUAAUCAUCUAGAAGACAGUGAAACAAGCUUCUUGGGACUUGCUGCAGACUGCAUGAAGUAUAUUCCCAUUAAAAUUGGCACUUUCUCUUUGGAUAUUCACAUAAACAAAAAGGAUAAAACUGCCCCGAAAGUUGAUUGGAACGAACGCCUAGAUUCAUUUGAAAAACUAAUGUUAAUAAAAUGUUUGAAAGAAGAAAAAUUAGUGUUUGCGAUAGCCCAAUACGUAAGCACUAGCCUGGGCUCCGUGUUCAUUGAGAGUCCCACUGUUCAACUCAACACUUUG